AUUUCAUGGCUGAUCAAGCAACAACCUUCUAGAACUCAAUAGACAAAAUAAAAUCAUUCGAGAAAGAUUUGACUUCGUUUUGGCAGUGGAUUUCGUAUUUCAUACGAUGAAACUUCUUUCAUAACUGGAAAAACCGACACAAAAAUACAGGGAAAAACUACAAAGGGAAACAACGUGUUUCUGUUUGUGCAUAAGCCAAUCAGAUAAUUCCACGUGUUUCUGAAACCCAUUACCUAUGUAACUCCGAAUCAUCAAAAUCUCAUGAAAUAGUCUGUGAAAAGGUUGAAUUUUGCUUGAAUCUUCUACCAUCAAAACAGAUAGAUAUUGGGAUUCUUUUGCGUAACGCGCUGAUUUCGCAUUGUUUGAAUUUCUCCGUCGGGCUCCAGAGUUUCUCAAGAGAUUCCCGAAUUAAAAGGGUUUGAAAUUUGAUCUCAAUGCUUGUAUAGAAAGAAAUCGGAAGAAGUAAUUUGAUUGUGCAAAAUGGAGAACCAGAACAAUUACCCUGCACCUCCAUACCCUUACAAUCCGGCCUACGGCUACGCCGGUGGGCCAGUGCCGCCAAACCAAUACCCUCCACCUAGCCCGUAUCCGCCUCCUAAUCCCGGUGGACAGCCUGCUUAUCCUCCUCUGCCUGCCGGCCCAUACGCGGCCUAUCCGGCAUAUCCUUAUUAUCAGAGCCCCUAUGCCCCUCCGCCUCUGAGUUAUCCAUACCAAAGUGCCCCAACGUCAUCAUUGCCUCCCCCAGCACCCCACCACGCGCCAGAUUAUAGUUCACACGCUUACCCGUAUCAUGGAUAUCCAGCUCCUUCGUCUUCUCCUCCUCCAUCAUCAUCAGCUCCUACUCAGCCUAAUUUUGAGACAUAUGGUAGUUUCAGAUAUGGCUCGUUUCAUUAUCUCCACCAUCAAGCAUCCGGGAGGUUGCAGCCUCCAGAUGCUCACCCCGAAACUCCUCCUAGAGCCCCCAGUGAUCACUCCAGCCAUCACCAUCACCAUCACCAGGGUAGUUUAUUGCCGCCUGUAGGUGAUUCAGCUCACUCAGUUCACUCAGACGAAUGUUCCUCAAGUCACCCUCCACUUUAUCCGCCUAUUGAUGACCACUUGGCAAACAUGCAUUUGUCUGAGAUUCAGACGAGGCCAUCUUCUGUACCAGCUUCCCCUCCGGCCCCUGCAGCUGCCGUUGUUGGUCCUCAAAAGUUUCACUCAGGACCUCUGCCAAUGACUACUACUACUGGAUCUGGGGGUAAACACGGGCAUCAUCACAGAUUUUCAUGGUGGGAGACAUCUUCUUCGGGCAAGAUGGAGUCUCGUCCCAACUCAUCGAGUUAUGAUAAUAAUAAUAUGCAGCUGGUGCCGGUUUCACCUUCUAAAACAUCUCUAAAGGUUUUGCUCUUGCAUGGGAACUUAGAUAUUUGUAUAUAUGAGGCGAAGAACCUCCCAAACAUGGAUAUGUUCCACAAAACAAUAGGGGAUAUGUUUGACAAGUUGCCUGGCAACUUGAGCACCAAGAUUGAAGGGCAACUAAAAAGUAAGAUUACAAGUGAUCCGUACGUCUCCAUAACCGUAGCAGGUGCCACUUUUGCAAGGACUUAUGUUAUAAGCAAUGACGAAAAUCCUGUUUGGAUGCAGAACUUUACAGUUCCGGUAGCUCAUAAUGCUGCUGAAGUGAACUUUGUUGUGAAGGAUAACGAUGUUGUUGGGUCUCAGUAUAUAGGAACGGUGUCUAUUCCAGUUGAGCAUAUAUAUGGAGGAGAGGAAAUUAAGGGAUUUUUCCCAAUCCUUAGUGCUAAUGGAAAGCCUAGCAAAGCUGGAGCCGUCUUGAGUCUUUCGAUACAGUAUACUCCAAUCGAGCAAUUGAGUAUAUACUACAAUGGUAUUGGAGCCGGCCCCGAUUAUAUUGGAGUUCCUCAGACUUAUUUUCCUCUCAGGAGAGGUGGUAGAGUGACUCUUUAUCAAGAUGCUCAUGUACCCGAAGGAUGCCUCCCAAAUCUGACGCUCGGAAACGGCAUGCAAUACGUACACGGGCAAUGUUGGCGCGACAUCUUUGACGCGAUACGCCGUGCUCGACGCCUGAUAUAUAUAACUGGAUGGUCGAUCUGGCACAAAGUUAGACUUAUUAGGGAUGAUAAUUCUCUCUCUGAUUACACAUUGGGCGAACUUCUGAGGUCGAAAUCGCAGGAAGGAGUUAGAGUGCUGCUUCUGAUAUGGGAUGACCCUACAUCAAGAAGCAUAUUGGGAUACAAAACGGAUGGGGUCAUGCAAACUCACGAUGAAGAAACUCGCCGGUUCUUUAAACAUUCUUCUGUUCAAGUGCUGCUUUGUCCUCGAGUGGCUGGAAAGCGUCAUAGCUGGAUGAAGCAGAGGGAAGUUGGAGUCAUUUAUACACACCAUCAAAAAACUGUGAUAGUGGACGCUGAUGCUGGAAAUAACAGAAGAAGAAUAAUUGCUUUUCUAGGAGGACUAGACUUAUGUGACGGGCGUUAUGAUACUCCACGCCAUCCUCUAUUCAGAACACUGCAAACUUCGCAUUCAGAUGAUUAUCACAAUCCGACUUAUGCGGGUAGUACAACCGGUUGUCCAAGAGAACCAUGGCAUGAUUUGCACUGUAAAAUUGAUGGGCCUGCAGCGUACGAUGUCCUGUGUAAUUUCGAGGAGCGAUGGCUGAAGGCUUCAAAGCCUCAUGGCAUAAAAAAGCUGAAGAUUUCGUACGAUGAUGCUUUGCUUCGAAUAGAAAGGAUGCCUGAGAUAUUGGGGUUGACUGAUGCUCCUUGUAUCAGUGAUAAUGACCCUGAAGGUUGGCAUGUGCAGGUGUUCCGUUCCAUCGAUUCAAAUUCUGUCAAAGGCUUCCCAAAGGAUCCUAAAGAUGCUACGCACCGGAACUUGGUUUGCGGGAAGAACGUUCUUAUAGAUAUGAGCAUACACACGGCAUAUGUAAAGGCUAUUCGCUCCGCCCAACAUUUCAUUUACAUUGAGAACCAGUACUUCAUCGGAUCGUCUUACAACUGGAGCCAAUACAAGGAUGUUGGUGCUAAUAAUUUGAUUCCAAUGGAAAUCGCCCUAAAAAUCGCGGAGAAAAUCCGAGCACACGAGAGGUUUGCAGCUUAUAUUGUCAUUCCAAUGUGGCCAGAGGGCAAUCCAACCGGGGCUGCUACACAAAGGAUUUUGUUUUGGCAGCACAAAACAAUGCAAAUGAUGUACGAAACAAUAUACAAAGCGUUGGUCGAGGUGGGGCUCGAGGAUGCUUACACGCCUCAAGAUUACUUAAACUUUUACUGCCUUGGCAACCGCGAGGCUCUUGAUGCAGGCGAGGCCCCCGAUAAUCAACCCGUAGCAAACAAUCCUCAGGGGCUCAGUCGGAAAAGUCGCCGAUUCAUGAUCUAUGUUCACUCAAAAGGUAUGAUAGUUGAUGAUGAGUAUGUAAUCCUGGGGUCUGCAAACAUCAAUCAACGAUCGAUGGAGGGCACUCGAGACACAGAGAUCGCGAUGGGAGCGUAUCAACCUCACCACACCUGGGCAAAAAGACUAUCCAGUCCUCAAGGACAGAUAUAUGGAUACAGGAUGUCUCUAUGGGCAGAGCACGUCGGGUUUUUGGAGGAAUGCUUCACGAGAGCGGAGUCCUUGGAGUGCGUGAGACGUGUAAGGUCGUUGGGGGAGGCUAACUGGGAACAGUAUUCAUCCCCUCAGGUAUCAGAGAUGAGGGGCCACCUAAUAAAAUAUCCGGUGGAGGUCGACCGGAAGGGCAAGGUGAAGCCCCUCCAUGGUUUCGAAACGUUCCCAGAUGUUGGAGGUAACAUUGUGGGAUCAUUCCUUGCCAUACAGGAAAACCUAACCAUAUAAAUUACUUGCUGCUUUCUAACUAAAUUGUUUCAAGGGGAGUGCCAUUCUUUUAACUCUGCAACUGGCUGCUUUGGUUUCUGCAAGGUGAAGCAUUCCCUUUAUUGUUGUUAUAUGUUUUGGGAGUUAAAUAAGUUAUGAAUCUUCUACCAUUUUUGUAAAGCAUUAUGUACAUUGUAGAUUUGGAGUUAUGAUAUAUACAGGUGGAAAUUGGUGAUGA